AUGUUUGAUGUCAUGAUACUCCAAUUUCGUGACCGUCGCGCACUCCAACUCAUACCCGAGGAUAUCACCGGGCAGGAGCUGUGGGAACUAGCGAAUGGAGGCCGUGCUGUAACAGGGCGCAUGGAACAACUUGGCAGAAUAGUAGGCUCCAAGCUUGAGUACCCAGUUCCUGUCAUAUCUUGUGAAGAGCACCAAGAGGCAUCCCUGGAAACACUGAAGCCUGCACCGUUUCUCUCGCGGUCUUCGACGAAAGCAUCUGAGAAUGACAGUGAAGCGAUGGAUGUCGCAAACUCGGUCGAGUGGGACCUACAGGACAGCGAUUCUGUUCCACUCUUGGCCUCGCCGUCGCCUGUUUCUUCGGUACAAACGAUGGCAGAAGCUAGAGCCAUUUACGAGGAAAACGUCCGGCAGUUUAGCAUAGCCAAGAGCUCCGACAUGGCAUCUCGCAUGCGCGAUCUGAAAGGGUCCAAACCUCUGAACAUCGUCAUGCUGCAGUGGAACACUGAAUUGUUCAAGCCAACGCCAUUCGAAUUCCUACUGCCGUUUUGCCGGAAAAGUCCAGAAGAAGAAGAGGCACCAGUGAUCAAGCUUGAGGGCAUUGACAUGUUUGUUGUCACUACUCAAGAGAACAACCGAUUUUCCCCUGGGGAGGAGUUGAUUAUGCAGGAUUCCAUUCUGCGUGGCCUGAACGCUUUGAGUCAGAUUCCCAACUGGAAAUCCUCAGGGCUGCGGCAACUGAAUAACGCGAGGGGUACACUGCUUCGACGGUUCGCGCCGUUCACACCAAACACUCAGAUGAUCAUGUGGUUUGCUCGAGAUCAUGCGGUGUUCAAUAAGCCCCCCGAAUUCUGCAUGGGAAGCCUAAAACAAUCAGAGAAGGGUUUUGUUGCCGUGAAGGCAGCCGUUGAAGGGGUGGGGAACAUCUUGAUUGCUGGAACGCAUAUUGGUCACAGAAAAUCGAGGCGUAAUCAAAUUUCUGAAGUCCUGCAGAUGAUGGGAACGAACUGCGGAGAAGAAGCACGAGGCCACACAGGACUGGAUGAUUUUUCUAUCGUUCUCCUCGCGGGUGACUUCAACUCUCGCUUGGAUCUAGAUUCAUCCAGGGAGCUUCUUUCUGUUAUAUCAAAGGAGCCCCCUUUCACCAGUCCUUUCGUCGGAGACUCAGCAAACCCAAUAAAUAAGCCUAUUCGGGUCGCCGGUCAGCAGCGCGUCCUAACGCCCCCCUCCGACGAUAUUGAGAGCAUGCCACGGAAGAUCGAGCGAAAGCAGUCAAAGAGGAUGAUUGAAUGCCGUGCAGGCGGCGCCUUCAACACUUUUGGGAGGAGUCUUCCAUGUUAA